AAUUCAUUCAAACAACUCAUCUAAUUAUUUUCCAAUCAGGUUUAAUGCGUAAAGUUUCAUAAUUGAAAAUAAUCUUUGCCAAUUAAUUUCUUUUUUAUUAGUCAAUAACUAUUUAGGGAGCAAAAGCAUUGACCCAAUUUUAAUCAGUUGAGACUUGAGAAAGAGGGGGAUAUAUGUUGUCACAGAAAUCACAUUUGCCGGCAGCCACCAUGUCUCCGCCGUCUAUGGCGGCCGUAUACAAUAUAUACGGCCCCGUUGACACCGUCAUCAGACUGACUGAAAUUCCACCUAUGGAGAUCAGUGAGAAUGAUGUGUGCGUUAAAAUGCUGGCUGCUCCAAUAAACCCUGCUGAUAUGAAUAGAAUUGAAGGAGCAUAUCCAAAUGGACCACCACUACCAGCAGUGGGUGGAGGGGAGGGGGUGGGAGUGAUACAUUCCGUGGGUUCUGCAGUUAAGGAUUUUUCCCUUGGUGAUUUGGUUAUUCGUGCACCAUAUAUUCCUGGGGCAUGGCAAACCUAUAUGGUAGAAAAAGAAAGUUUUUGGCACAAAAUUGAUAAAGGCACCCCAAUUGAAUAUGCUUCCACUGUUUCUGUUAAUCCAGUCAGUGCCUUGAGAAUGCUCAAUGAGUUUGUCACUUCGAAACCAGGAGACUCAAUAGUGCAAAAUGGAGCUACAAGCAUGGUGGGGCAAUGUGUUAUUCAGCUAGCUCGAGUUCGUGGAAUUCAUAGCAUAAAUAUCAUAAGAGAUAAUCCAGGAUCUGAUGAAGUUAAAGAAAAGCUCAUUAAACUUGGUGCUGAUAAAGUGUUUACUGAAAGUGAGUUGGAUGCAGUAAAACAUAUCAAAGCUCUCCUGGGGGAUACACCUCAACCUAUUUUGGGGUUGAAUUGUGUUGGUGGCAAUGGUGCUACUUUGGUCAUCAAAUUCUUGAAGCAAGGUGGUACUAUGGUUACAUAUGGAGGGAUGUCAAGAGAACCUGUUACUGUAUCAACUUCAAAUUUCAUAUUCAAGGAUAUUACAUUGAAAGGAUUCUGGCUGCAAGAGUGGAAAUUAGACCAAACUAAAUACAGGGAAUGGAUUGAUUAUCUCUUGGACCUUGUUCGUGCUGGGAAAUUGAAAUAUGAGAUGGAGCUACUACCUUUCAACGAUUUUCAUAAAGCUCUUGAGAAGGCAAUGGGGAAGCAUGGAAGUCAAAAGAAACAAGUUCUUAUAUUCUAAAGUCAAGGACAAAGUCGUAAUUUCAUUUGUCAUUAUUAUUAUAUUCAACUGAACUUUUAAGAAGCUUUAUUGUUUGUUCAAACUGUUUUGAAAAGUAAUU